AUGCGAGCGCUCGCGGUGGCCGGGUCGCUGCUACGGCGAGGCGGCGUCGAGGGAUGCGCGCGCGUCGUGUCGACCGCGCUGCUCGAAUCCAUCGCGAGGAGCCGGCCGGCGUCGACGUCCUCGCGCGUCGCGGACGACGACGACGGCGACGCGCAUCGCACGCCGUUGCUCGGGCUGGGCGUGGACGCCCUGACGAAGCUCGCGAAAGAGCACGGGCAGCCCGGGUACCGAGGCAAGCAGCUGCACGACGCGGUGUAUUCGCAUCGUAAGGAGGCCAUCGAGGCGAUAACGCAGAUCCCGGAAGCGUUUCGUUCAUCCCUUCGCGCGUCCGGUGUCCACGUCGGACGAGUGCGUCCGAUCGACGUCGUCGCCGCCCCGGACGGCACCAAAAAAGUGCUCCUGAAGUUACGAUGCGGCAGCGUCAUCGAAGCCGUCGGAGAGACGAGACGGAGGCGAUUCACCGUGUGCGUGUCCUCUCAGGUCGGGUGCGCGAUGCGCUGCUCGUUCUGCGCGACCGGAAGGCAGGGUUUCAAGCGUAAUCUGACCUCCGACGAGAUCGUGAACCAAGUGCUCGCGCUCGAGGACGUCUUCGGCCGCCGCGCGACGAACGUCGUGAUGAUGGGCAUGGGCGAGCCGCUCAUGAACUUGAAAGAGGUUUUACGCGCGCACCGGUGCUUGAACAGGGACGUCGGCAUCGGAGGCAGAUACUUCACUAUAUCCACCGUGGGCGUCCCGAACCAGCUCUCGAAGCUCGCGGCGCACAAGCUCCAGGCCACGCUCGCGGUGUCGCUGCACGCGCCGACGCAGGAGCUCAGGGAGAAGCUCAUACCGAGCGCGAAGGCGUACCACGUCGACGACUUACUCGAGGACUGCCGUCUGUACAAAAAGUCGACCGGGAAACGUCUGACGUUCGAGUACACGUUGCUCGCGGGCGAGAACGACUCCCCCGAGCACGCGAGGGCGCUGGGGCGGCUCCUGCGGACGCGCGUCGGGAGAGGGUCGCACGUGAACCUGCUCCCGUGGAACCCGGUGACGGGCGCGGAGGACGCGCACGCGCGGCCGUCGAAGACCGCGGUGAAGCGGUUCGCGGACGCGCUCGCGAAGGAGCGGGGGGUGACGUUCACGGUUCGAAGAACGCGCGGGCUCGAGGCGGACGCCGCGUGCGGGCAGUUGACCGGGAGUUUCGUGCGCAAGGGGAGGGAGGCGGGCGUCGCGGUCUGA